AUGAAAAAAUUCGCAGGCAAAGUGGCGAUCGUAACCGGCGGCGCUGCCGGCAUCGGCGGCGCAUCGGCGCGUCUUCUCGCCGAGCAUGGCGCCAGCGUGCUCAUCGCCGACAUCAACACUGCGGAAGCGCAAGCCAACGCCGAGACCAUACGCGCGCGCGGAGGCACAGCCGAAGUAACCUCCACAAACGUAGGACGGCACGAGGAAAUUGCCGCCAUGGUACAGACGGCCAUCGACCACUGGGGAAGGCUCGACAUCCUCGUGAACAACGCCUUCAGCCCCACGGACGAAUCGGACGGGGACGCUAUUGCAGUGAGUGAGGAUGCGUGGGAUGCGGGUAUGGCGACGCUCGUAAAAGCGCACUUUCUCGCCGCCAAGUAUGCCGUGCCGCACAUGCGAGCAAGCGGUGGCGGAAGCAUCGUCAACAUCUCCUCAGUACACGGCCUGCUCAUGGCGCCCCAAAAACUCAUCUACGAAGCGGGCAAGUCCGCCGUCAUCGGCGUCACAAAGCAGAUGGCGAUAGACUUCGGGCCGGACGGCAUCCGCGUCAACGCUAUCUGCCCCGGUCACAUCGUUACCGAGCGACAGAAGGAACGCUGGGACGCAAACCCCUCCGGACUACGCUACUUCGAGGACCAGUACCCCGUGAGGCGCACGGGCGUGCCGCUGGACAUCGCCAAUGCCGUCUCGUUCCUCUGCUCCGAUGAAGCGUCCUUCAUCACAGGGCCAUGCGCUCGUCGUUGA